CUUAGAGUCGGCACACGCGUCCAGGUUCAAGGCAAGGCGGGCACUGUUCGUUUUGCAGGAACAACAAGCUUUCAGACAGGAAAAUGGAUUGGCAUUGAACUCGAUGAAUCCCAAGGAAAGAACAGCGGUGUAGUUCAGGGGAAACGUUACUUUGAAUGCCGCACAAACCAUGGUGUAUUUGUCCGUCCAAGUCAAGUG